GUCUAGAGCUUACUCGCUUGGUCUUUGCAGGUCCGAACGGGAUUGAUACAUCACGCAAUGUGCCUGCCAGCUUGCAUGAUAGCCCAUGUCUAAAAUACUAAAUUGAUAACCGUUGGUUGGGCUGACCACAAAUUCAGGCAGCCCGUCGUAUUGGAGUUUCAAACUCAUUCAGCAACCGCUUCACCAUGGCCCUCAUUUUAGUCGCUACCAGCACGUUGCUCAUUGUUUUUGCGUUCCAGCUUUUCAAGCUUUGCCUCCAAGCGUAUACAUCACCGCUAUCGGCGAUUCCCAAUGCAGGGGCAGGUGCGCCAUACUCUCGGCUGCUAUGGGCAUUUCCUCGCGAAUAUUGGGGAACUAUCACCCUGGAUCUUCCUUCACUACAUAAGAAACUUGGGCCCCUCAUCCAAAUAGGCCCACGAGAGAUCUCCUUUUACUCUCUAGAUGUUUAUGACACGGUACACAAAGUGAACAGUGGAUUCCGAAAGGACCCAAGAGUGUAUGGUCAAUUUGUGCAGGAUGGGCAUCCGGCUCUCUUUUCCAUUACUAAUUCGCGGGAACAUUCCAACCGACGGAGAAUGAUGGGCCAACUAUUCAACCGAAGCAAGAUGCCGAAAUUAGAGUCUUUGAUGGUUCAUCAUAUCCGCUUAUUUGCGGACGCGCUCGUCAAGAAGAAUAAAGCCAUCGAUAUAAAUUCAGCGUGCCGGGCACUGGAGGCCGACAUUAUAUCCGGCUUCUCAUUCGGAAACUCGCUAAAUGCAAUUGAUGCUUGGGCACGAGGUGAUGGAUUAGCGAUGGUGGCAAAGAAUGACGAGAAAGCAACUCGGAUGCCGAUGCUCACAACUUUUCCUGCUACCUGUGAAGCAUGGGAGCAGUUUGAAAACUUAGUAUAUCAGAUGACCGGUAUUCGAUCCCUAUAUCGCCAUGCCCUGGACGAAUUUGACGAAUGGACUAAGUAUGCUUGGGGCGCAGCCAUGGAGUUUACGAAGCCUUCUCGGUCGAUUUUCCCGAAUCUGAUCCAGGUGUUGGUUAACUCCGGACUACACCCAGAAACUGCACUUUCAGAGGCGAAGGAAAAUCUUGGUCCUGGAACAGACACCACUUCAGGUUCCCUUGCACAUAUUUUGUUUGCGUUAGGAUGGAACCCUCUGUUCCAGGAUGCGCUCUAUCAGGAUUUGCUUGAAGUAGAAUUCUCUACUGAAAUGACAGUCUUGGAGAAUAUUCCAAGGUUGCGAGCCUGUGUCAAGGAAGGGAUUAGAUGGGGAGGAACAGCAGCUGCAAUGCUGCCUCGGGUUGUUCCCGAAGGCGGUGUGGAGUUGUUUGGAAGCCAAAUACCAGAAGGGACUAUUUUAACUUCGUCCCCCAUCUGGUACCUAAGAGAUGAGAAAGCUUUCCCCAUGCCUGAGCUUUUUGACCCGUAUCGAUGGAUUGAAGUCGAUGGGUCUACCUUCAAAGACGAUUCUUUGAGGGAUCAAUACUACAUACCAUUCUCCAAGGGAACAAAUAGUUGUAUGGGUGUUCAUUUCUCAUAUUACGAACUGUAUCUCAGUGUAUCACAACUGGUUAGACGAUUUCGCUUUCAGUCGUCUGAUUCAGAGGGCGGUCCAGUCGUUUGCAACCCCUCUACUCAAUGGCGCCUUGCCUCGCUACCCGCCAGAAAAGAAUGGGUUGCUGCAGUGCUAAACAAAAGCCUGCUUGUUACCUUUGAAGAAAGACAGCCAGCAACUCAAAUCGAUCCUUGAUCGUCACGCAAACUACAAGACUUUCAAGGAAGUCGAUCUCUGUGAUGUCGAAGUAGUUAUUUAGUUAACUCGAUUAAUGGCAUGGAUGGCAGUGCAACCACAAUAUUAAUCUCAUGAUUGAUGGUAACCUAGUGAUGAUGGAACAAUUAC